AUGAGUGAGCAGUACGCAGUAGCCUAUACUGCCGGGGCGAAGUAUUAUGGAGCACAAGCAAUCAUUAACCUUUGGAAACCCAACAUUCAACAGCCUAAUGAGUUUAGCUUAUCUCAGUUCUGGAUCGGCGGAGGUUCUAAUGAAAAUAUCAACACCAUUGAAGCUGGUUGGCAGGCCUGCCCAAAUCUCUAUGGAGACUACAAUCCCAGACUCUUCAUCUACUGGACUAGUGAUGGUUAUCAUACCACGGGUUGCUACAACCUCCACUGCUCAGGCUUUAUUCAGGUCAACAAUCAAAUAGCAAUGGGUGGAAGCCUCUCUCCUAUAUCUGCCUAUGGUGGUUCCCAAUAUGCUAUAAAUAUACUGGUCUGGAAGGACCCAGGAAGUGGGAACUGGUGGAUGCGAUUUGGGAAUAGUUAUGUGGGGUACUGGCCUUCUUCCCUCUUCUCAGACUUGGAUAAAAGUGCAUCCUUUAUUGAGUGGGGAGGAGAGAUUAUAAACUCAAAAUCAAAUGGCCAGCACACAUCAACUAAUAUGGGUAGUGGCCAUUUCCCUCGAGAAGGGUUUAGUAAAGCUAGUUUUUUCAAGAAUAUUCAGGUUGUUGAUGGCUCCAAUUAUCUGAUAGAUCCAAAUGGAAUUGGCACCAUCGUUACACAAUCCAAUUGCUAUGAUAUCCAAACUGGCAGUUCUGGUAGUUGGGGGAACUAUUUCUUCUAUGGUGGUUCCGGCAGAAACAACAAUUGCCCGUGAAGGAUAGAUAAAUCCAAGCAGGACACGUUUCCAUAACGGCUGUAAUCAUAAAUAAAACUGAAAAUCCCAAGUUUU